AUGGCAGCACAUAUCAUCCUCGGCCUUCUCUCCCUCACCACCGCCGCCGCUCCGGCCGGCGCCACGACGGAGCAGCAGCCCGAAGUCAUCCCCGGCCCCGGCAUGCCCAGCCUCCAAGAGCUUGGCGUUACAUCUGCCGAGCUGUACCAGCAAGGUCUUCCCAAACCCGCCGAGCUCAGCGUCCUCUCGGCCAACUUCAACCCCAUCUGCGGGCCCAACGAAAGCCGCUACACAAACGUCAACGGCCUCGUCGCGUGCUUCCACUACCUGCAGAAGCUCGGCACCCAGCAGUGCAAGGUGCCGAGCGAGCACUCGGUCUUUUGCCGCGCGGGCGACGCCGUGGUGCUCGGGCAGGCGGCGAACCUGCACGGCGCGUCGUCUUACUGCCGUGAUGUUGCGACUGGUCUUUUGUACACGAUCGACCACUGCACCCGCCCGGACAAGAGCUGCGCUGGCGCCCAGGCGGCAGGAGGAAAUGGAAAUUUGAUUGUUGUUUCCGGUGACAAGAGAGUCUAUGGCUAA